GGUUGGGGGAUGCAAGUGCCUGACGAGGCAGGUUGGGAUGGGACGGGAGUGACGUGGCGAGAUGUGGAUCUCAAGGUGCCAAAAGGGGCUCUGUCUCCGUUGCUUUCUGGGUCGUCGCAAGAGACGUCAACCUGCUCCUGGGUGUCAAAGGUGUGCUCAAGUCGAGAGCAGUCGAAGAAUUUGUCAGCCACGGUGAUGGGGGGAGGAAGGGGAGCGUUGGGGAGUUUUGACCUAAUGUCGCGACUUAGGGUCGAGCGACAGGAGAAAACCAAAAGCUGGGGGCGUUCGACUUAUCUUACCAAAGCAAUGGGACAAGAGGUCAAAACUGAGGUCCCUAGGGCAGCAGAGGCCGGCUUAGAUACAUGGGGAGAUAAGGGCAGGCUGUGUGUGCUGGUCUGUGCACAGCUGGUCCGUGCACAGCAUGCUGACGCGGCCCCGGGGGCCAGUGAGUCAGAGCGGCUGUGUCACGAGUUGGUACGGCGUCUAGCCGUUUUUUAA